CCUGACAUGCCACGGCCACUCGUCUCAUUGGAGUGUCCCACUCAGUCAAGAAGCCCUGGUGGCAUCUGGGUGACCAGUGGGGCUACUAACCAUAAAGAGCCGGGGGACGUGGAGGCGCCCACCCCCGAACAAGUGGAGAAACUGAAGGAGGUGGUGGCCUUCCCGGAGGACUGCAAGGGCAGCGAGCACCUGGCUGUGCUGGCCUUCCUCUACCUGUACCUGUCCAUCUGCCGGAAGCAGAGGACCCUGCCAAGCCUGGAUGUGUCCGUGUGGUCAGAGCUGCCCACCGGGGCGGGCCUGGGCUCCAGCGCAGCCUAUGCAGUGUGUCUGGCCGCUGCCCUGCUGACCGCCUGUGAGCAGAUCCCCAACCCGCUGCGGGACGGCGAACACGCCAGCAGAUGGGCCACAGAGGAUUUGGAGUUCAUUAACAAGUGGGCCUUCCAGGGGGAGAGGGUGAUCCACGGGAACCCCUCCGGAGUGGACAAUGCUGUCAGUACCUGGGGAGGAGCGCUCCGAUACCAGCGAGGACAGAUGACACCGUUAAAGAGGCCCCCGGCUUUGAAGAUCUUGUUGACCAACACCCAAGUGCCCCGCAGCACCAAGGCUCUCGUGGCCAACGUCAGGAGCAGGCUGAUCAAGUUCCCCAAGAUCGUGGCCCCUCUCCUCGACUCAAUGGACGCCAUCUCCCUGGAGUGCGAGCGGGUGCUGGGGGAGACAACGGAGGCAGGCCUGGCCCCGGAGCAGUACCGCAUGCUCGAAGAACUGAUUGACAUGAACCAGCACCACCUGAAUGCCCUUGGGGUGGGCCACACCUCACUGGACCAGCUGUGCCAGGUGACCAGGGCCCAGGGACUGCACAGCAAGCUCACUGGAGCGGGCGGCGGCGGCUGUGGCAUCACACUCCUCAGACCAGAUGUGGGGCAGCCAACGGUGGAGGUCACCAAGCAGGCCCUGGCCGGCUGUGGGUUUGACUGCUGGGAGACCAGCAUCGGUGCCCCGGGCGUCUCCAUCCACCAGGCCGCCUCCCUGGAUACCGCCAUCAGGCAAGCCCUGAACGGCUUGUGAGACAAGCCAUGCCACUGCAGCCACCCUCCACCCCUGGCCAGAGGCCUCUUCCUGGGUCCUGGGUGCAGGAGUCAGCUGAUGGGCACACCAGCUUGUGGCUGAGCCCACAGUGGGCCGUCACCAGGGAGUUUCAACAUGCCCUUGGGUGAGUCAGCAGUGGGGCUCUGAGACAUGAGACCUGAGCUGGAGGAGCUGCUUGGCCAACCGCCCAGGGGCACCAAGAGGCCCGUCCACUAUGGGCCUCUGCCUUCACCUUCACCUUCGCCUUCAGGGUUCCAGCCACGUUAGGUGGAAGCUUGGGUGCAGGCUGUCUGGGGUCUGCAGCAGCGUGCCUUAUCUGUCCUCUGUCCUCCCAGGACUUGCCCUGGGUGACCCCUGCCUCCUGGACCUCCAGGGCACUACAAUCUGUUCUGAGUGCUCAGCACCAUGUGACUGUCCCCCCACCCCUACCAACUGGACCUCUGGAGGUGACCUUGCCCACUUGUCUCUGCUCAUGGUGGGUGCGAGGGUUCGAGGGUUUUGGUGAGGGCAAGACCGAUCUGUGAUUUCCUCCAACCUGCCCUGGAGUGGUGGCGGGAAAGGGGCGAAGGGCCCUGGAGGGCCAGCCAGUGUGUCCCUCCACGUCCAGGAGGAAGGCCGAGGAGCUGCAGACCACAGGCCAGCCCCUGUGCCCUCUGCAGCCCCUUCUCCUAGGAGCUGAAGGAAAUAAAAGGGUAAUGUCACUUG